ACAUGUUGUUUCAGAUAGCAUGCAUGUCCCCGCUCAUAUCAGAUGUCUCGACUAGGCCAUGUAGGAGAUAUGUAAAGGUUUUGUGGCAGCUUGCGACGCCGCAUGUGGUCUACUCUUGCCGUAUUCUACAUUUCAGUUGGGCAUGGCUUGCUUUGGGCGUCUUUGCUCUUCUACAUAUGCUAUGCUAGUAGAAUUUCUGGCACCGGGACGGCACUGCGGACAGAAGUCACCGUCGUGCGUUUCCAACUACAUCAAUUCAAGGGUACAUUCUCAGGCAUCUCGGAAGUGUCUCGGUUGAUAAGUCAUCCCACAAUUCUGGAACCCCAAAGGCCCUGUCCUUCCCCGCAUCGCCACGCGCGCCACCAAGUAUUGGCGCAACGUCACUGGUACUGCGCCAGCCACAACUUCGACUAUCCGCCAGCCAUCUUCACCAAUCUGGCGCCUCGUCCCAUUCUGUGUCGGCAUAUAGCACUUCUCAGCAGGGACCGAAGGAUCGCACAUGCCGCUUUUCAGAGCCGUUUGAGCUCAGAGCCGGUCGAGCCGGGUGGCUGUCUUGCUUUGGGCCUAGCCGAGUGUGGGGUACGACCUCCAAUCCGCCAAUAUCUGGGGUCGGAAGAGAUGCCACGCCGAAGUCCUGCCGUUAUCUUGCAAGGAACCGCAUCCUGAUGCUUCUGGGACUGGGUUUUCGAGCAGCUGUGGUUGGCGGGUUUUCGAUAGGGGACGUGCUGUUUGACCAUUCUGUCUGAGGCGUGCUUGGGGCCUGGUCGGGAUGCUAACUUGGUUUUGGGCUGGUUACCGGUGCAUAAGACUCGUUGACGUCCCGGCGCAAUCUUGUGGUUGAUCGUGGAACUGCCGGCCGCGUCGUCCGGAUUGUCGCGUCCUAGUGGCUUUCAAGUUGAAAUCCCCCCAUGC